UAACGUCUAUGCUAUCCACCAUGCAAGACUGAAAGUGAAAGUAAAGUGAAAUUUGUUGCUGGUGCUUAGCGGACACAGCAGAUUUUAUUGUAAAUCACAUGAUCAGGAAGUGCUGGGAGGUAUUUAAACGAUAUGAAGGCUGAACCAUAGCCUCAGUGACGCUGCAGAGCACCAGGAGCAUGGAUCGGUCUGAAGAUCAAAACACAGAAAGCGCUGCAGAGAUAGCUACAGAGGGUACUGAGGAGCCAAUGGAGGAAGAUCUAGGAGACCAGGCUGGACGGUCCCUUUCAGGCUUACCUCCCGGGGGCAACCGAGGUGCAAGGGAAUUUCCUGAUGAACCCAGCGGUAUGGCCACAGCAGAUCAGCCAGAAGUUAAAAAACAGCGUCAGGAAAACACUGACCAACCAGAUUAUUGCCCAAAAUCAGAGGCUGAAGACAAUAGAAAGUACUUAAUGGAGUGUUCAAAGUGCAAUAUUAAAUUUGCUCCAUCUGUCAAAUUUGACCAACGUGAAGUCAACAUUAGUUUGCACAAAGAGAAAGGAGAUGACCAAAACCCCUUCUUCACAACAACGUUACCCUGCACAAAACAGACUGAAAAUCUUGAAGCGACUUAUAACAGCUGUCAACACAAAUUGCAUUACAAGUUUACCACUCAGGAUAAUAACAAGGGUGGAUUUGACAUUAAGUUGUCCAUCGAAAAGGUGAAUCACGGGGACCAGGGAGUGAUGUCACAUUACUCCAAACAGCAGCGUAUCAGCCAGGAACAGAUGGGGACCGUUACACCAGACCUGAGAGCUUUGGCAAGUAGAAUGGAGAUCCAGAAGGAAGGCGGAUCUAAGGAUGCUCAACCUGCACAACAUGAACAUUCAGGUGAUGUUGGGAAGCCAGCGGUAAAAGAGAAGAAGGAAUGUAAAAUGAUGGAGGUUAAACAAAAGGCUGACAAUUCUUUGGCAAACUCAACAGGAUCAGUAACUAACACUAAUGAAUGGGGGAAACAGAUUUUGUCUGGGAUUGCAGAAACGGGAAUGAGCUUGUUUAGUCGUUUUAAAUCUGACCAGCCAAAUCAAAAACUGAAGGUGAAGGUCCACUUCAUAUCCAAACAAGAUACAUUUGGUGCUGCUGAUGCCAUAAAGAAACAUCUGAAGAGCAACAUGGGGUCAUCGCUACAGGAAGAAAAAAGAAGGGAUGAAUGCAACAUGAUUGUUGUCUUCUGUCCAGUCACCCCCAGGGUUGAAUCAGAUGUAAACUCAAUGAUGGAAACUACAGCAGUUUCAUCUUCUGGUAAACCCGUCAUUCUAGUUGUGAUGCAUCACACCAGACACGCGGACUAUUCCACUGGACCAUAUGACCCUCGUGAAACAUGGAAAAAUGUUGUGCAUUAUGUUCAUGUUCUGUACCAUGAGACUACACUAGGAUUACUGAAAUGUUCUGAAAAUGAAGAGGCAAUCAAGGACAUUCAACAAUUUAUACUAAAGAAACAACAGUUUGUUUGAAGUGUGCUUUAUCGGUCUUGUUUAAAAAUGUUUUAGCUCAGUAGUCCAUUUCAUCAUUGCAUUUCUUGACUACAUAAAACAGGAAACAUACACCUACAGAGCUUCUCACCCUAAGCAGGGAAUUUCUAUUCCAGCUGUUAAGAAUUAUGUAUUUAUAGAUAUGUUAAGUUCCAAUUGGAUGUAAUUUACAACAAACUGCAUGUUUCUGCAGAUUCUACAGAAGUUUUAGGGCUUAGAACAAUUGGUAAAUAAAGAAAACAGAACCACAGGCUAAACAGUUGCACUGCAGAUAUUGUGGUGCAGGUUUUACUUCACACAGUACCACAGUAGUCAACUUCCUGUUGACUGGAUGAACUUCCUGUGAUUUAAUCCCUGUGAUUUUUUGCUUAUCAACCUUCUCAUGCAGACAGUAGCAGUAAUUGUUUUCUUUCCAACAAGCUUUCCCUUUCUGACCUCAGUUUUUUCCAGUAAUGUUAAAUGUUAUUCAAUUUUAAAAAUAGGAAAGCAGGAAAUUGUUGUAGAAACAAAACUUAAUAACUGAACUUAAAGGUAGGGAACAGUAAAUGUUCUUCUUGUUGAAAUUAUUUUACAGUACUUGCUUGAAUAUACAUCACAAGCUAUGUUUCUUAAACAUAUUACAAAUAAAACUGUCAUGUUUAAUGUUCUCUGCGUUAUUUUCUGCAGCUUUACCAUGAGACAAAAACACAGCGGACUGAAUAAACCAUGUAAAUAUUC